UGGCAACAAUGCAAAUUAUUUGUCUAAUUAUUUCAUCAAUUUUUUUGGGAGGUGUUCUUGGAAAAUCAUUGUCUCAACAACCAAUCCUAACUCUCAAGACUAAAAAUGGACAAGUUUAUGAUUGUGAGGAUUUUUACAAGCAACCAGCCUUCGACCAUCCUGCAUUAAAAAAUGAUAUUUCUAAGGUGAGACUACCCAUGGUUCAUUUUGGAACAAAACCUAAGAACAUUGGACUCAAGGAAGGUGGUUGCCCGCCCGGUACUGUUCCAAUUUUAAGGGUUAAUACAAGAGAACCCGGUGAACCUAUACCCCCACCCCCACCAGCACCACAAGAACAUUGUAGUGCUGUUAUUCAAACAAACUUGGAUGAUUCAAAUAGGAAGUUCUUCAAAUCGAAUGCUGCCAUCUCCAUCUACAGACCGCAAGUACAACCAACUCAAUGGUCGUCGAGUCGAAUUAAAUUAUUAAACGGGGCAGAUAGUAUCGAAGCUGGAUGGAUGGUGAAUCCUAGUUUAUUUAUCGAUCAUGAUACCCACCUCUAUGCAAAGUUUACAGCUGGACAACAAGGAUGCAUAAAUCUUCAAUGUCCAGGUUUUGUUCAAGUGUCAAAAGAUGUACCUCUAGGCGUUGUCCCGGAAAAAUAUUCAGCAAUUGGUGGUGUACAAUAUACUUGGAACAUUUCUGUUGAAAAGCAUUCAGAUGAUGGAAACUGGUGGGUCACAAUAAGUAAUAAUGGUAGAUUAUAUCCAAUCGGAUAUUGGCCCAAAACUCUAUUUACAAGCUUAGCGGAUGUCGCCAAUCAAGUUCAAUGGGGCGGAGAAAUCAGCAAUCCAGGCCCAAUAAGCCCACCUCCUGAAAUGGGUAGUGGUAUGAAGGCAGUUUAUAACACAAGGUUUUCGUCGUUUUUACGACAUGUAACGGUUGAUACUGAUAUUUCUAAAGAUGUUGAGCCCCAAGGCACAUAUAAAGCUUUCAAUUGUCCUGAUCUGUACACCGUCUUGGAUUUUGGUCAUUCGGGUGAUUAUUGGGGUCGUCUUAUGGUUUAUGGAGGCUAUAAUUGAUCGUUUAACUUCUCAGUUUGUAUAAUUUAACUCAAUAAGAUAUUGAA